AUGUUCCUGCCCCACUCCCAAAACCGGGACAGCUGCUUGGAGCUGGCCAUGACCGCCCUUGCCGCGUCCUUGCACGGCGCUGCCGCUCCCGCGGCUCCUCCCCCGCGGGCUGAGGGCCGGGCCGGGGCCGGGCGGGCUCAGCGCCGCCCCCGCGCACGCCGGGCCGGGCCGGGCCGGGCCCCUCCCGGGCCGGGCAGCCAAGGUCCAGCACAGCUGCGAGCUAAAUUCCUGCACACGGAGCACGAGCUGAGGGAGGCCAAGACAGUGAGCCAGGCCAACAUGAAGGUGGAAAUCCUGCCAGCCCUCACUGACAACUACAUGUACCUGCUGAUCGACCAGGACACCAGGGAGGCUGCCAUAGUUGACCCUGUGCAGCCCCAGAAGGUUUUGGAUGCAGUCAAAAAGCAUGGUGUGAAGCUGACCACUGUCCUGACCACCCACCACCACUGGGACCAUGCUGGAGGCAAUGAGAAGCUGGUGAAGAUGGAGCCAGGGCUGCACGUGUAUGGGGGGGACAGCAGGGUGGGGGCCCUGACACAGAGAGUGUCCCACCUGACAGCCCUCAAGGUGGGAUCUCUAAAUGUGAAAUGCCUCAGUACGCCGUGUCACACCUCGGGCCACAUCUGUUAUUAUGUGACUAAGCCAAAUAGCUCCGAGCCACCUGCAGUUUUUACAGGUGACACCCUGUUUGUGGCUGGCUGUGGCAAGUUCUUCGAGGGCACCCCGGACGAGAUGUACAAGGCACUGAUCGAGAUCUUGGGCAGCCUGGACCCCCAAACGAGAGUUUACUGUGGCCACGAGUACACCAUCAACAAUCUCAAGUUUGCUCGGCACGUGGAGCCCAGUAACCCCAGCAUCCAGGAGAAACUGGCCUGGGCCAAGGCCCAGUAUGACAGAGGAGAGCCCACCAUCCCCUCCACUAUUGCUGAGGAGUUCACCUACAACCCCUUCAUGAGAGUGAGGGAGAAGUCAGUCCAGGACCACGCUGGGGAGACCGACCCAGUCCGGACCAUGGGGGCCAUCAGGAAGGAGAAGGACAACUUCAGAGUGCCCAAGGACUGAGCACUGCCUGCACCACUUUAAUGUCACUUCAAGUGUCACUUAGACCAUUCAGAUGUUUAGGAGUCAAAUCUUCUUCUGUUGUGGUUGAAACAGGUUUUAUUUAGGUUUUUAUUUUGUCUUAAUUAAGGAAAAAAAAAAGCACUUUGCCCUUGUUGAGAUGUUCUACAGCAUAUUUAUAUGAUGAUGAAGAAUAUUUAUCCUCCUCUUGCUGUCUCUCAAGCUGUCAUGUGUCACCUGCAGAUCAUUGUGCAAGUGUUGGUGUGGGCAGGAUCAAACCUGGAGGCUUAGGAAGGAGCUCCUGUCAUUUUUGUCAUUUGGAGCCUGCUGUGGAUGCAGGAGGUGGGACUGAGAUGUCUUUGUUUAAAGCAGAGACCAAAUGCAGGAGCUGAAAAUUUCAAUGUUUCUUCCAUGCUGCUACUUCAGCAUUCUGAGUGUCGCUUCUGGCUCCACUGAAAGCGGUUCCAGGGACAGCCCAGCUGUGCCAGUGCUGCUUCAGGGUGGCAUUUGGGCUGCUCUGGCUCUGCCUGUGGCUCUGGGCCCCUCCAGCUUCUCUCCUGUCCCUGGCAUGGGCAGCAGGGACAUCCCCAGGCAUUGCUGUGCUUGCACCCUUUGAGUCCUGUUGCAUGAAGCUGCUCUUCCCUGUGCCCUGUGUGUGACCUGUGCCAGCCCCAAACCAGCCAGGGAUUUGUUUGGUGCCUCAGGGUGCAGCAGCAGCCACUCCUGGUGAGUGACUGUCCCCAGGUGAGCAGGCAUGUGGUGUGGCUGGCACCAGGUCUGGAUUUGCUUUCAAAUGCUGAAUUUUCUGGAGUUCAGAAAGAAAAGUGGUGCCUAAAGCUGUGGUGUCUCCUGGAAAGCUGUGCUGCCACACCAGAGUGAUUGUCCUGAGGGCUGGGCAGAGGGGAAAUAAAGAACGGCUGGAAACAGA